GCAGCGGCCAUUGCGGCAGGUGUGCAGUUGUGUGCGUGAGAAGAAGAGAAAGAGAGGAGAUGCGAGUGCUGUCGUGCAAAUUAAUUGGCCGAGUUGCAAACUCCUUCCAACAAAUCAAUUCGGUGCGAUCCCUGUCUAAAACAGCUCCAGCCAUGGUGAAAGUUGGUGAUGCCCUGCCCUCGGUGGAUCUCUUUGAGGAUUCCCCGGCUAACAAGAUCAACACCGGAGACUUGGUCAACGGCAAGAAGGUGAUCAUCUUCGGAGUGCCCGGUGCCUUCACCCCUGGCUGCUCUAAGACCCACUUGCCCGGCUAUGUGAGCUCAGCUGAGGAGCUGAAGUCCAAGCAGGGCGUGGACGAGAUCGUCUGCGUUUCCGUCAACGAUCCCUUCGUCAUGUCUGCUUGGGGUAAGGAACAUGGAGCCGCUGGAAAGGUUCGCCUUCUGGCCGAUCCCGCUGGAGGUUUUACCAAGGCCCUGGACGUGACCAUUGACCUGCCUCCGCUGGGCGGAGUGCGCUCCAAGCGUUACUCGCUGGUGGUGGAGAACGGCAAGGUCACCGAGCUGAACGUGGAGCCCGAUGGCACUGGCCUCAGCUGCUCCCUUGCCAACAACAUUGGAAAGAAGUAAAAGAAUUCCAGUCAACGUAAAUGCUUGAAACUCAUACUGUUACACUAGGCCGCAAUGAUAUCAAUUACGUCUUGAAAAGAACUAUGUAUGUAGCCCGUACAAUAUAUGCGAUUAGAGAUGUUAUGUCUAAAA